GACUGCGUCUUAACCAAAACACAAAUAUCAUUGACUUUUUUGACAUUGCUUGCACACGAAGCAAAAAUCUAUUGUGUGCUCUAUUUCGGCCAAUGAAAAUUAGGCUGUGUUUGUCUGAUUUGAAAAUUAGUGCAAAUACCCGAGCAAAAUGACGGAGCCAAAAGAGAAUAGUGAACCGAAAUCAGUAUUUUAUACUAUUUUACCUGUGUUGUUGUGUGGUCUGUCUAUUCCAUUAUCAAUUUUUCUGUGGCUUGGCAAUUUGGCAUUAACAUUCAUAACGAAAAGUUCGCUUGAUAGUGAUGAAAAUGCAACAAUUCCACCGACACGAUGGUUGUUUUCAACGUUGGUGCCAAUUUUGUUGAUGGCCUACGGACUGAAAAGGAAAGCUGUUAAUUACAGUGGUGCCACACUGGGUUUGGUUGUAGCAAUCACUUUAUCAUUGGCAUCGCAUGCAUUUUUAGCUUGUUUGGCCACAUUUUUCUUCUCAUCAUCUCGCGUAACUAAAUUCCGUAGUCACUUGAAACGGAAGUUUGAGGCAGAUUUCAAAGGAGGCGAAGGCAAGCGAAAUUGGGUGCAGGUUUUGUGCAAUGGUGGAAUGGCGAUGCAAUUAGCUUUACUCUAUUUGUUGGACUGUGGCAGCAGUGAGCGACCAAUCGAUUUUCUCACCCAAUAUCGACCGAGUUGGCUUGGAAUUGCCGUGAUGUCAGCGUUUGCCUGUUGUAAUGGCGAUACAUGGGCCAGCGAGAUUGGUUCAGUUAUGGGAUCAGAUCCAUUUUUAAUCACGACACGCAAACGAGUACCACGUGGUACAAACGGCGGAGUUAGCUUCAUUGGAUUGAUUGUUAGUUUUCUCGGCGGUAUUGUGGUUGGUUUUUCGUACUUCCUUGUUGUUUAUUACGUGGUUGACCGUAAUAUUUUAGCUGGUAGCCCGCCACAGUGGCCAGUCGUCAUGUUUGGUGGUAUUGCCGGUCUUCUUGGAUCGAUCAUUGAUUCAUUGCUGGGGGCAACAUUACAAUAUUCCGGCUUAGAUUCGGAUGGACGGGUCGUUGAACGACCUGGACCAAAUGUUAAACACAUUAGCGGCACACGCUUGCUGGACAAUCACAGUGUUAACCUAAUAUCAAGCAUUCUAACCGGGUUAAUCAUGCCAUUCAUUGCAUUUAGCUUUUGGGUUGCUUAACAUUCCUCUGGGAAUUUAUUUCCAAAUCUUUAUUUCAUUGCAUUUGAACAAGUUUGAAGUCUGCUAACUAGAUAGAAAAAAGUCUGAUUACAAAUGAUAUAAACGAGUCGCAAAUUGUUAAAAUUCCACGAUUGAUAUACAAUCAAUUUAGAUAACUUAUUAAUUAACUAGAAUUUUUUUUAAAUCGAUCUGAAAGUGCUUAAAGUAGUUGAACAUGCAUCUAACUCAUUUUUGGGAUACAUUCUGGUGAACAUCUUUCUACAAAAUUCGAAAUUACAUUUUUGUAGCGAGUAAGUUGUUUUAAUUUCAAAAAAAAGUUUGAAAAUUUAUUUAAAAAAAACGUUCGGAAUUUGGGUUUUGGAAAAUUUUAAAUCAAAGUUAAUAAAAAAAUUGAAAAUUUUAAUAUAAAAAAA